AUGACAAGCACAAAUAUACUACCCACAGUUGCGUCCAACCCUCCUCUACCACCUCCUCCCUCCGACCCUCCCACAGCACCGCAGCAAUCCCAAAAUCGACAGCCACUGCUUCUCCCUCCGCCAUUUGAUACCACCUCACCCGCACCGACGCUGAUAACCCAGGGCGCCGAGGCUCUCUUAUACCGCACGCACUUCCUCUCCCCGUCGCAGGCAGCGGCCCUUAAAUUCCGGCCGAGCAAAGCAUACAGACAUCCCACUCUUGACGCGCGGCUGACCAAGCAGAGGGUAUUGGCUGAAGCACGCAUUCUUGUCAAGCUGUCCUCGGCGCUUAACGGUGACGAGGAGGAUGGAGUCGGGGUAAAAGUGCCCGCGGUGUUGAGCCUGGAGUGGGAUAUGGCAAGGAAGGUGAGAGGUUUGACGCAUGCGCAGAGGGGUGAGAGGGGACAGCGGGGCCAGGGCGCGUGGCUUCUCAUGGAGUGGAUCGAGGGACGCAGCGUCAAGGAGUUGUUAAGAGGUUGGGAUGCUUGGUACAAGACUCUCGGCGUCAACGCCAAUACGAGUCCACGGGACGAGAUCGCUGUGCGCGAAGGAGAAGAAGCGGUCAAGAAAUUACUCCGUCGCAUCGGUCGUGCGGUGGGCGCCAUGCAUGCCAAAGGGGGCGUGGUCCAUGGGGAUUUGACGAGUAGCAAUAUCAUGAUCCGGCCUCACACCACCCGAGGGCAUACAAAUGGAAUCGUCAAUGGCGAGCAUGAGUAUGAGCAUGAUCAAGAGCCGGAUGUACUACAAUCGGAGAACCCGACGCCGUUGCAACCCCCAGAUUUGACCGGUGAGAUCGUGCUCAUCGACUUCGGCCUCGCGACGCAGUCCAUCCAGGACGAAGACCGGGCCGUCGAUCUCUACGUGCUCGAGCGGGCGUUUGGAUCCACGCACCCGAAACAGGAAGGCUGGUUCGAUGCCGAGGUCCUACAGAGUCAGGAUGGGUACCGGGGCAGUUUCAAGGGCGCCAACGUCGUGCUCAAGAGAUUGGACGAAGUGAGGUUGAGAGGGAGGAAGAGGAGCAUGAUUGGAUAA